AUGUCUAAACGAGAUCACUGUGGAGAGGAAAUUAUAAUACGUGAAAUUAAUCGUUAUGAGAAUGGAACUCUACAGAAUAAUUUUUUAUUUCUCAAUCAUACUAACGAUUAUAGCGAUUGUUUGAUAAAUGUUUCUGCUCAUGAAAUGCCACCAUUUUUAAGUUUUAAUGGUGAUGUCAACAAUGAAACACAUUUAAUAGAGAUGGAACGCUUGGGUGGUAUUGAGGGAGAAAUUUUGAAAAUGGUUGCUGAUGCUUUAAAUGUUAAAAUUCGUUUAAAUUUUCCCAAAGAAAUAAGUGCAAUUCGUCGUAUUCAUUAUUCAUUGGGUUGUUUUGGAGAUCUUGAUAAGAAACGAUCUCAAAUAGCUAUUGGAGGUUUCAAUUCAUCUCAAUGGAACAGUGAUAAAUACAGCACUUCUUCAGUUUAUUACACUUCUUCCUAUGUAUUUGUAGUUCGAAUGCAAACAAAACCAAAAGUGCAAGAUUUUGUUUUCGGUCCCGAAAAUAAAAUGCAUUCAAUGUUUGCAACUUUCUUCGGCAACUUUAGACCAAUACAGAUAAUACCAAAACGAAACUUUGUGCGUUUUCUUUUGGCCUCUUGGUUAUUGAUCUCUUUCCAAGUUCGCAAUGGUUAUCAGGGUAUAAUGUUUGACAGUCUGCGUUUUUUGAAAUGCAUUCCAGUACCGCAAACAAUUUCACAUCUUAUAGAGCAGGAUUACAUCUUGUUGGCAUCUUCAUAUAAUGAAUUUUAUCCCAUAAAUAAAACGCAAAUUACGCCUAACACCACUAAUUGUCUGGAUAUAGUACAAAAAAGUACUUCGCCAGUAACUGCAGUGGCUCUUUUGGAUUCUUUGGCUUAUGACAAUUAUAUGAAUUCAAACACCAGUACUUUAACCUAUGUAAAGGAGAUCGUAUCGUGUUAUGUAUUUUCAAAAACAUUCGCUGUUGCGUGA